AUGGACAGGACGGGUUUCCAGUGGGGCCCAUUCUUCACCCAGACCCCAAGAGUAGCUGAGCACUCCAUCCUGGGAGCUAAGGCCCCCGAACCCUUCUUUCCUCCUCUGAAGCCUGCGGGGGUCACCUCCCACCUCAGGCACUCAACCAGGAAGGGGGGCAGCAUGUCCGUGGAGCCCAAGCCCACCUCAGACUACCUGGACUUCCGAUUCCUGCGAACCUGCUCGACGCUGGAGAAGAUCCAGGGGGAGCUGCUGUACCGCUGUGCCAGCUGCCUGUGGUACUACCCAAGUCUGGUCUCUCUGCAGACACAUAUCCAGCAGGGCUGGAAGGAGGGCUUCAGCUGCAGAGUCUACUACAAGAAGCUGAAGGAGGUUCGCUGCCAGAGCAAAAUUAAAAGACUCCAGGGAGGGCAAUUUGAGGGCAAUGACCCGCCGCACGGCAGCCCCUUUUCACCGGGGAAGAAAAUUGUGACGUUAGGGGAGGAUGUGAGGUCACAGGGUGGAACCACCGGGGAGACCGAGCAGAGAAACCGUCAGGACAAGAGCAGUCUGACACCUCUUCACACAGCUGAUCAGGAGCUGCUGGUGAAGAAAGGGUCUCUACUCUCAGCCAUGUCUUCUCUGAAUAGUUAUGGGACAGACUUCGUCCUGGCCUUCCCCGAGAACAUUGCUUACUACCAUCCAUGGAAACCUUUGAACCAAGUCCAGAUCACAGCCAUGGAUGGCAACUAUAGAGUCAAUAUUGUCAUGGAGGAUGUCAACCAGAUCGAGACCGUAUGGGUGAACCAAGGUCAAAUGGUGGUGGUGAACAUCUCAGUCACGAAUCAGCAGAACCUGACGGAGCUUGACAGGUCAAACAUCUCCGGUAAAGUGCUGCAUGUGACCAGCGAUGGCAACAUCACGGUCCAAGCCGUCAGUCGACGAGCACAAAGCAUCCAGACCACACCCAUUCCACCAACACAAGGGCUUGGGACAGAGUACCACAUACCUGCAAUGUGGCACCAGGCACCUUGGGGACCAGGUACAACAGGCUCAGCUCCGAGCACACCAAACGGAAGACACCUAAAUAUGACGCGCGUGGAAGAAGUGGUUUUCCGACUCCUUGUCGUCAAUACUCAAAACACGAACGAGGUAACCAUUUCGGAGAAGGGUGAGAACAAGACAUCUGUUACACUCAGACCGUAUCAGCUUCUUCAACUGUGGGUUAACAUCUCCCAGCCAGGGUUGAGGGUAUCUGCUGACCAUCCCGUGGCUGUCCUCCUCAGCCACCCUUGUGCUUUCUUCAGUGACUGCAGCUGCAGCAUGCUGGUCACCUACCUCCCCCUUACCCAGAACUGGGGCUCGAGUUUCCUCAUGUCCGCCUUCAUGGGAAACAACACAGAGAACGAAACCUUCCUCUUGGUAUCAACGGACGAGGACGAGGGUCUCCCCGAUGGACAAGCAGGCGACCAAUUUUCCUCUCUGUUGGAAAUCGAUUCCACCAAUCCCAUCUCCCUCACCCUCAUGAUAUCCAACAUGCUCCUUAACCUCAUCCCUCUCCAAGACUUCUCCUCUUGCUUCCUUCUCCACACGCUCCCAACUGCCGAGAACAGAGUUCUCCUGAUGGCUCCUACCGAGAACACAGAUGGGGUGCAUUUAGGUACACAGCCCCUGGCAGCUGACUGGAACCCCAUGCAAGGCACCAGCCACUCCUGGGCGCUGGUGGAAUUAGACGCUGGACGUGAUGUGACAGUGCUUUGGCAUAAGUCCUCCAAAAUUGCAGUCUAUUACCUAGGGAGUGAAGGGACAGCUGUAUUUGGAAGUCCAGCUCUAAGUCUUAGCAAGUACCCAGAUCAGAGGGGCUGUGUAUUGAUUCCCGAGGUAUUGAUGGUGGGAGAAGAGGAGGUUGGCUGGCCUGAGGCACUGACAUACUGCUAUAAACGGGGCAUGGUACAGAUCAGCUUCAGCACUAAUGACUUCCUGCAACAUGUGACCGAGGAGGUGGAGAAACAGAAAGCUGUGGGGAACAUGAAGAAGGAGGUGUGGAUAGGCCUGCGCCGCAGCUCCCUGACUGGGGGGUGGUACUGGUACAAUCAGGCUGCCUUGGAUGUCACUCGCUGGGCCGCCAAUGAGCCAGGGCACCCAACGGAGGGCCAGUGUGCUGCCAUGAAGCUGGAUGACUACAGCUGGAGUGACCAGAGCUGCUGUAAACCCCUCCCGGCUCUUUGCUACAGAAAGCCGUUCUACUUCCCUCUGACCUAGGUCUCAUUCCAGAGCUGAGUCGUUUGGACUGUAGCAAGGAUUUUUUUUUUUAUCACAAGUUUUUAAACAUAUAGUUUAACAAAUAGUCAUAUAUGUUGAAUGUAAAGUCUUAACAAUAGAAUUGCUGUCGUUUUCAGUGCUGUUUCUGUGAUUAGAUUUAAAGUUAUAUUAAUUAUAAUAUUAUAUUGUGUGAUUAACUGUACUGGUUUGGUGGAAUUAAAAUAUUAUGGAUCCAA